UGCUGCUGCUCUUCUCACUGGCUCUCUCCGGUGGCUGCAGCAGAGGCAGAAGCUGCUUUAGCAGGCAGCUGAAGUCUUCGUUUGCUGCUAACCUGAUCAGCCCAGGAUGCAACUUCUCUGUGACAUCACGGCCAGAUGUUUGGCAAAGCCCCACCCCCACGGGGGUCUGAAGCAAUCCACGGAGCAAUAACGGGCCAGCUCAGUUCUGCCGUCAGCAUGCAAUGGAAAGGCUGGAGGAAUUGCAAGCUUGUUAUUGUGGACAGCCGCCGUUAAUUCCGUUUCCAGCAACAAGCUGUUCCGGACAGGGUGUUUUGCUUUACAUUUUCAGUGGAUGACUUUCUCCUUGAAAAAGAGAGGAACUGGGUGUGACCCUUACAAACACAGUACUUUCCUGGGAGUUCUGAAUCCGGCUAUCCUCAUUCCUAUUCAAAGGUGCACGUGUGGGGAAGUCGUCAGGUAUAGUUGCGCUUAAGUCAACACCAAAGGAGAGACCGCUGUUGAUUUAUACACCUGAGGUGCGAAAAAUGGCAACAGCUGCCUACUUUGCUGCCGAGUGCCUUGUCUCGAUGUCCAGUCGUGCUAUUAUACACAGCCCUGCAGGAGAACCAGCCCCUCAACCUGUUGGGAUGGCAUCGCCUCUCUCUGCCUCAAACCGAGAGGAGAAACGUGAAGCAAAAGACCUCGGGAGAGACAAUGGAGGGGGAUCCUCUGUCUAUGCCGUCGCCAGCAUUUUAGCCGACUUGAACCAGCAUGUUCUAAACCCUUCUUCUCUUCAGGUGGAGAAACUGGAGGUCAUCAACACAAGGGAGGAACAAAAUCCUUCUCUGUCUUCUGAAGAGCCUGAGCAAGAAAGUAUGUUGCCGGCCGGCAAACGUGGAGGAGCGAAAGCGGCCCCACCUACCAGCCUGGUGGCAAGGAGUGAGCCAAGCCCCAGACAAAGAAGCAGGAGAGGGAAAUGCCGGCUUGACCCCGAAUUACCUCAGAAAAAGCAUAAAUGCCACUAUGUGGGGUGUGAAAAGGUUUAUGGCAAGUCUUCCCAUCUGAAAGCUCACCUGAGGACCCAUACAGGUGAGAGGCCUUUUGAAUGCCGUUGGGAAGAAUGCAACAAGAAGUUUGCCCGUUCUGACGAGUUGGCCCGGCAUUUCCGCACUCAUACUGGGGAGAAAAAGUUUGGCUGUCCUCUCUGUGAGAAGCGCUUCAUGCGCAGCGACCACCUGACGAAGCACGCCCGCCGGCACGCCAACUUCCACCCAAGUAUGCUCAAGAGGAGGAGCGGGAGCAGCUCCCGGACAGGAUCCGUGAGUGACUACAGCCGUUCAGAUGCUUCCAGCCCAACCAUCAGUCCCGCAAGCUCCCCUUAGACCUGCCUGCACUGGAUGCCAGCACUUUGCUCUUGCAGUUUUUAUCUCUCUCUCUCUCUCUCUCUCUCUCUCUCUCUCUCUCUCUUUGGAGUUUUAUUUGCAUUGCACACUUUGCUUAGUGUUUUUAAACAGAUACUUUUGCUUCCUUUUGUUUUAAACCAACAAAAACAAAAUAUGUCGUCUUCUCUCACUGCAACCCCAGGGCAGAAAAUAUUUGGCACAGCAGAACUAAUCUCCUACACCGAAGGGCCUCCCGUCUGUGUCCUUGCCAGCAAAUGAUUCCUGGUCAGGAGUUUCUGUUGUUUUUUUCUUCGAAGCCUUAAGAAGAUGCUCCUGUUAGUAGUUUUUAAACACGCAAACACACACACACACACACACACUUAAAAAGACAUUUGCUCAGGUGACAAAGCGAAUUUUGUAGAAAGAGAUUGCAAACCAGGAAUGCCUCUACAGCUAAUUCAACCGGGUUGAUUUCCCCACCACCGCCUCCUCCCAUCUUUCUCAGGGAUAUAUAUUUAUGUAACACAGUAAGUACAAGGAAGACACACCCGCCUGCAGCCUCGCUUGGAAAACACAUUUGCACUCAAAACAGCGGCGUUGAGUUCUUUCACACACUGAGGAGGAAACCAGUGCUGGAUUUUGUGCUCCAAUGGUUUGGUUUCACAGCUGGUAUAAAUACACUUGGGGAAACAGGACCGCAUAUGGCAUGCCCCUCUACUGUUUCGUUCAGUUGCUCUUAUUUUUCUCCUCAUUCUUCAUGUCGCUUCACACUGAGAUGAUUGUAUCACCACCAGCUUCCUGUUGCAAAAAGUUUGUCUAUGAAGUUCAAUACUUUUUAAAAAUUCGUUUUUGGGGUAUGGCGGGAUUUGUUUUUGAUUGUUUUCAAAAAGUAACAACAAUGAACUAGAUGCCUUAAUCACAUUUUCUAAAUAUAGGUAAAUGUAUUUACACUGGGAAACAAUUUAUUUAAAUACAAAUCCUGCUUUUGAGGCAUUACAACUUGGAGUCCUGCAGGGAGGUUUCCUGUGGAAGACUCAUGGAAAUCAAUGAAGUGUGCCUAGGAGAACCUCCUGGAGUUUCACGCCCCCAUGUCCCUGAGCCUCUGCACUGUUAGUCGUCUAUUACAUGACUAACAAAAAUAGGCACGCAGUCUGUAUCAACUUGAACAUUUCUUUUCCUACACCUGGGGAAACUGUGUAUCUAAAUUCAUCAAAACUUUAUCAAGGUACUUGUUGUUGCUAUAAAGAAUCCAGGUCCCAGAACUCUUCCAAACAGUCCUGCAUUGUAGCUCUAUGGUCAGUAAGUAAUAAGAUGAAACCAAGAGGUAGAAACAAGCUCUCUUACUUGGAAAACAAAACAAAACAAAACUUGCAUCUAGAAAGUGUUACAAACAUGGUGUUUUAGCUCAACAUUACUUCCGAUUUCUCCUAUAGCCCUAGCAUUGUGUACAGUCUGACUGAACACACACACAUAGAUAGAUAUAGAUAGAUAUAGAUCCUCCUCCACAAUCAGCGAGUCAAGGGUUCCUCAGACACGCUUCCCAUUUUCUUGACUACCACAAUGCUCAUCCUCCUACAGAUCUCACCUCACAUCUCUAGGUUUUGAUCCACAAGAGGAUCGUCUUCAUCCACAGUGUGACUGGCCACUCUGGUCACAUCCUAUAGUGGCUACCUUAAAAAAAAAAAGGAUUUCUGACCAUUUCAAAAACAAACUACUCAACUCAGCAAGAGAGAUCUGUGUGCAUAAGUAGACUUCCAUGUGCAUUACUGGUGUAGAGGUGCAUUUUGAUGAAACUUUGGCUUCACUUAACUGGCUGAAAGCAUCUUUUGAUGUGCAUCUACAUCCAGGGCCACAGUUGUUAUGCACUUACAGCUGGAUCAGGCCCAAUAAAUACAGAGGUGCUUUAACCAGAAUUUGGUCUAUGCUUUCCAAAUUGGAAAAAAAAGCCAACAAGAAUGUUGGGAACUUUUUAAAAAGACCUUAUUGUUGGCUUGGCAGGUUCCGAUGCUGUAUAUUCAACAUUCAGGUGCUUUUUUCUGUGAUCAUGUUCCCUUUCUUUCUUUUCUUUUUUUUUACAAUACUGUAAAUAUAAAUGCAGUCGACUGUAGCAUAGUAAAACAAACUCCAAAACCCAAACUGCUGUUUACAAUAGGUGUAAUCCUCUCUACAUUCCAAAAGUGUCUUAACCAAGAUCUUCCUGCUUUGCAAUAAUUCCGUUUUGCCAGAUUGUUUAAAAACAAAACAAAAAUGUACUGUAUAUUAAUUGUCAGAGGAAAAUAAUAUGUUAUCAAUUUAAAAAGUAGUUUCUAGGUACAUGCAAAGAUUGCUCUGUGUAUCAGGCACACUUCCCACUGUGCUGCCACCUAUUAUACAAACACAGGUCAAACUCUAGAUAUUCCAGUAUUUCAUGGGCAUUGGUUUCAAAGCUCACCUUUGGGCUAGGCAAAGCUUCUCGGUGUGGAUUCAUAACCAUAUGCAGGGACAACACACCAAUUUGGCUACCAUUAUGGGUGGGCAACAUCUCGUUCAUUUUCUACACCUUGAGAGGGUUGGGGAAAGCACUGCAUUUUGUUUCUAGAGGUAAGGCAAUCAUAUCCCAGACAGCAUUCAAUGAGAUUGGCCAUGUGAGGCAACUCAGAUAAUAGAAAUUCAGGUUCCAAAUCAUUCUGGUAGGUAAGGAUGGAAGUAGGAAUCAGUUGUAGUAUUGAGAAGAAUCCAGAAAAACUAAAAAGGAAUAUUAAUUGCCCAUUACAAUAAAUUCUUGCUCGGAACACAGGUAACAUUGGGGAUCAAUUAGAUAAGAACUGGUAUUUACAUAAUAAGUGGGAUAUAAAAGGGCAGUAAAAUCUAAUCUAGCCACAUUACCUUCUGUUAUGAAGUUACUGAAGAGGACAUUAUUAUAUUUCCAAGGGAACCAUAUUUCUCUUCCCUUACCUGCGCAGUUUGAAAUUGCAAUAAUGAAUGGUACUAUGCUUAGAAGCUUCUCUCCAAACAAGGGCUAGCCCAAGUGCACAAGCAACCACAGUUAUAUUUUAGGGGUGCAUAAUGAAGCUGUAUUUGGUUCAAGAGAGACGCCAUGCGUGAUCCAAGAGUGAUGCCAAAGAGUUAAUGAUGGUGCAAGUUCAAAAUAAUUGCCCAUGGGGUAUCCCAACCCUGUUGGAUCACUUAAAUGAUGUUGCCUUAUACUGGGAGACCCCGUGGGUCCCUCUAGCCCAAUACUGUCUAUUCUGACAGGCCAUGGCUCUCCAAGUUCCUUUCCACCCUCACUUCCUGAGAGGCCAGGGAUUGAAUCUGGCACCCUUGUGCAUGCAAAGCAUGUGCUCUACCGUUGGAUCCUGUCUCACUGCCACUCCCAUAAACCUGCUUAUGGUCUCAUUAAUCUCAAUGUAACAUAAAAGUACAUAUAUGUCAGGAUUGUGGCCCUAGAUAUAAAACAAAAGGGAAAGCAGUAUAUAUUUAUUUAUUUGGGAUAUUGCUAAUUUAGGAUUUGGAGGAAGCAUGAACAAUGCUUCUGAUGUGCCUCUAGGAUUUUAAACCAACCAACCAACCAACCAACCAACCAAUUUCCGUUCUUUGCAACUUCAUAUAUCAUAGUAAACGUAAUCAAAACACUCAGGGUUUGCUAAUAACAGACUCCUGUCUAAUGACAGAGAGGACACAAAAACCUCAUUUUAGCCUUUCUGGGAACUCUUUAUUAUGGUAAACUGCACCCAAUUUGACACAAAUUCUGUUUUAGUUUUUUAAAUGGAGCAAGUUAUGAGCAGAUGCAUUUUCCUCUUGUGUUUUUUCUUCUUUUUUAUCUUAAACUAUUUGAUUCUAUGUAGCAGUUAUCUGAAAAGUUGUCAAGACCUCCUGUGCAAAAAAUUAUAAAGCAUUAAUCUCCAGGGGUUUUCAGCUUCAUGCUUCUUUGGCUAUGUCUGUUCUUGAGCACAUCUGCAAACUCUGUUGUGAAGUGAGCACAUGGCCAGUGGACAUAACCGCUUGUUCUGCCCCACACUGUGGGUGGUAUGUGCAGAUGAGCUGUCGACCUGUGGGAUGAGUCCAUUACUGCAUUCAAUCAGGAGAGUGUCAUUGUCAGGUUGUUCCAUCCUUCAUGGUCCUCCCCCCUUAAACAUGUAUAUUCUUUCAUUUUACAAUGCCACCCUUACAGCAGCAGGUACAGACACAGCUUUAAGGUGUUCUGCAGUGUUGCAAUCCAGCCCAAUAAACAACGUGGAGACUUCUCCACAGAAAUUUUGCAAUGGUUCCAGGCAUGCAUGUGCUUGGAACAGAAAGAUUCAGUCAAAAAUUAGAAGGUAGUGGACCCACCAUGGACGGCUUUAAAAACACAAGGCGAUGCUCAGAACAGUUCCAAGAAUAAUCACUACAUCCCAAUUCCCUGGUGGGUUAAC